GGGUUGCUGUUUGGGUGGCUGAAGGUCUUUCUGUGGAUCCAUUCUCGUCCCUAUGAAGUCAGGAGAAGAUCUGUGAGUAAACUUAGAGCAUGCUAACACAGAGACAGCGUGGCUGUACCGACAGGAUGAGGCAAAACCACCGUAACCAGCACAUAAAGUAAAUCACCAAGUAUAUCGAGAAACUUUAAAAGCAGUUUACACAAAGUGAGGAUGAUAUACAUAUGAGAAUAGUUUAAAGAAAGAGGUCUCACCGUUUCAACAAGAGAAAUGUGUACUGUUUAUUUCUCUGCUAGCGCCGCAUACUCCCUCAGCGCAUGCGUACACCUCUCAGAGACUCUUCAGUAAAGUGAUUUGUGAUUGGUCAGAAUGAUCGGUGUCAUUUUUUGUGCGUAUUUCAUUUUUAAUUCAGACUGAGAUAUAAAUUAAAAACAAAACAGCAGACAUUAUUUAAAUUAAGAAUAAUUCAUGUUAUAAAAUGGCAGGUUUAUAUAUUGAAUAUGUAUUUACUAUUAAUUUAUCUAUUGCACUCCAGGACAGUAGGUGGCGCGGUGGAGAGCCCACCAUGAAACGGUCAUCACUCACUCAGCUGGCCCUCUAUGAGUUUGGAUCAGCAAAGACUCCGGCGAUAAUGCUCACAUUUUGACCAUUUGACACUAAACUGUCGUAGCCGAAAACUCUUACAGAGUCCGUUUGUUUUUUUCGAGGGUUUUCAGCAUGGAGCCGACUGCGCCUAAGAGGUUUGUGUCCAUUUAAGUGUAAAAAACCUGGUUAUAAUGAAGUGAAAUAGCUAGCUGACAUGCUAACGGAGGCGGUUUCUGUCGACGCUGGUUCUAAACUUUCUUAACUUCACACUUCUCUGACAAACUUCGUCACGAUGGGUUCGCUGUUUAAGAAAACCAUCUUGUUAAAGAUCACAAACUCAUCUCUUUAGGACUCUAUGCUGUGUAAUAUUGCGUAAGAUGAGAGCGGCAUCCCAUAUCAGCCUACAUGAUCAAGGAGCUGAUAUUUAGAUUUAGUUUAAUGUGAUUGUUUCUGUCAAUUCGCUAUAAUAACAGUUAUAAAUUAUGGAGUUAUUCAUUAUUUCAGAAGUAUUAUGCAGCUACCUCAUCAAAAGGCAAAGCAAAUUUUCCUGGCUUAUAAACAGAAGUUAUACAAACUCAUUGAGGUUUCUCACUUCAUGUCAACUUUUUAACAGUUUCUGUGAUCACAUAAUUUCCACCUUUUUAUUAAUAAUUGUGAAGACUAACUAACUCCUGCGUGACUGAAAAGACUCCAAAUUUCUGCAGUACUUUCGUUUGUCAUCUUGUUUAAAGGGAUAUUCCGACGUAAAAUUAAUUUAGGGUCAAACACUGCAUAACACUGGGUUAAAAAACCCCUCCAGAGAUGAAUGUUGCCGACCGCUUGCUUUUCUAGUUAUACCAACUUUAGUAAUGACCGCACGAUAGCAAUACACAGCAGUAAACAAGCCAUAAACAAACCUCAACCAAAACGCAAAAAGCCACUCUAUAGCCACAAAUAAUGCUAAGCAACAUUCAUCUCUCGAGGGGGUGUCUAACUCGGUGUUAUGGUGUGUUUAACCCUAAUUUAAUUUUACGACGGAAUAUCCCUUUAAGGAUGAAUGAUCUGAACAGGUGAAGAAAUAUUAUGUUCCAUUUUUGCAGCAAACUGAAGAAGCUGAGUGAAGAUAGUUUAACCAAACAACCAGAGGAAGUGUUUGAUGUCCUAGAGAAACUCGGCGAAGGGUAAGAAUUAACCGUCAUCUAACAGUCUGAACUUGUUUUGAACACAUUUAUAAUUAAAAUCCAUGAAACACGUUAUGGAGAAGUUGUGACUGAAAUUUUGCGUGUGUGUUUCUUAGUUCUUAUGGCAGUGUGUUCAAAGCCAUUCAUAAGGAGUCAGGCCAGGUGGUGGCCAUCAAGCAGGUUCCUGUGGAGUCUGACCUGCAGGAGAUCAUCAAGGAGAUCUCCAUUAUGCAGCAAUGUGACAGGUUAGAGAAGACCAGAUUCCUCACACCCUAAAAACUAUCUCUAUGUGUUUUGAUAAUAGAACAUGUUCAACAUUGUUCGGUGAAGCUCUCUGUCUGAAUCAACUGGAGUUUUCUCACUUCAGUUGUUGUGUGUUUGUAACGAAACUUUUAACUUCUUUAAUAUCCUCCCUGUUCUGCAUUUCAUGGCAGCCCUUAUGUAGUAAAGUACUACGGCAGCUACUUCAAGAACACUGACCUGUGGAUUGUUAUGGAGUACUGUGGAGCCGGCUCCGUCUCUGACAUCAUCAGACUACGCAACAAAACGGUGGGUACCCCCAGAGAACUAUGGUUUAUUACAUUAACGGGUGACUGAGCUUUUCAUGAGGAAUAUGCAGGCUGAAAUAUAUGUAGUAUAUUUAAUCAUCUUUUUGUUUUUGUUUUUUGUUUUUUUUUAUGCUCACUCCAGUUGACAGAGGAUGAGAUCGCCACUAUCCUGAAGUCAACACUAAAGGGUCUUGAAUACCUGCACUUCAUGAGGAAGAUUCACCGAGAUAUCAAGGCAGGAAACAUCCUCCUCAACACAGAAGGACACGCCAAACUGGCAGACUUUGGAGUUGCUGGACAACUGACGGUAACAUUAUUUCACUGGUUUGUGGGCUGGUUGCUUGAUUUGGGAAUCUGAAAUCCCUCAAGUUCAGAAGAUGAAACCAGCAUUGUUUUUGUCUAUUUAGGACACCAUGGCUAAGAGAAACACUGUGAUCGGUACUCCAUUCUGGAUGGCCCCAGAGGUGAUCCAGGAGAUUGGUUAUAACUGUGUGGCUGACAUCUGGUCUCUGGGCAUCACAUCUAUAGAAAUGGCAGAAGGCAAACCCCCCUAUGCUGACAUCCAUCCCAUGAGAGUGAGUUUGAAUGUUUCUAUUUCUCUUUUGGAAAAGUGUGAGUUUAAACCCACCGCUUAGUUGCUAAGGAAAAAAAGCAGCUUACAUGUUCAUAAUGUCCUGCUUCCUUCUGUUUCUCCUCCUUCAAGGCUAUCUUCAUGAUCCCUACCAACCCUCCUCCAACAUUCAGAAAGCCAGAGCUUUGGUCAGAUGAAUUCACAGACUUUGUGAAGAAAUGCUUGGUCAAAAAUCCAGAGCAGAGAGCAACUGCGACACAGCUCUUACAGGUUGGACAAAGGAUUCAAACAGAUAUGUCAUGUGACUGAAAAACACUGAUGCCUGAGAUAAACUUUGCCUCAGGGAUUCUCAACAAAGAUCAGUGUUUGGCCACAAAUCAGAUUUUUUCUGCUUUUGUUUAUGUCCAGCACCCAUUCAUCAGCCAAGCCAAGCCGGUUACAAUCCUGAGGGACCUCAUCACAGAGGCCAUGGAGAUGAAAGCCAAGAGGCAGCAGGAGCAGCAGAGAGAGCUCGAGGAGGAGGAGGACAACUCUGUGCGUAUGCUGACACGACAACAAAGUUCAGUUUUACCUCGACAUGUCGAGCUGAUCAAAAUGUCUCGUGUUUUCUAGGAGGAGGAGACAGAGGUAGACUCUCACACAAUGGUUAAGUCCGGCUCAGAGGGGGCAGGAACCAUGAGGGCCACCAGCACUAUGAGCGACGGGGCACAGACCAUGAUCGAACACGGCAGCACCAUGCUGGAGUCCGACCUUGGCACUAUGGUCAUCAACAGUGAUGAUGAUGACGAGGAGGAGGAAGAUCAGGGAUCAAUGAGGAGUAAGAAAACCAAUCAUAUAACUCACAAGGGUCUGUACUUAAGUCAGAAUAGUUGGUCUAAUCAUGUUUGUUCGUUGGAUAUGAUGUUAAAUUUGUUAUUUUUUGUUUGUUUGAGUUUGAGAAUCCUACAAAUGACAUCAGUUUGAGCGUACGGGCCUCAGUUUAACAGUUUUAACAAAACCCCUUUCCUCCUCUUUAGGGCAUGCCACCCCCCAGCAGCCGAUUCGUCCAUCCUUCAUGGAUUAUUUUGACAAGCAGGACUCCAACAAGGCCGCUCAGCAGCAGGAGAACUACAACCACAACCAGCCACAGGAGCAGCCCGGCUACCACAUCCAGUCCAAAAACGUCUUCCCUGACAACUGGAAGGUGCCUCAGGACGGGGACUUUGACUUUGUGAGUAACAUCUUCCAGCUCCAGUGGUUAAAAAAAGAAAAACAGAAGCAGCGCUCGUGUUGUCCACAACAGAAACUAACCAUGAUUCAUCAUUUCCCCUUGUUGUACGUGUGUUUUUCAAUCACUAGUUGAAGAACCUGGACUUUGAGGAGCUGCAAAUGCGACUGAGCGCUUUGGACCCCAUGAUGGAGCGAGAGAUCGAGGAGCUCAGGCAGCGCUACACCGCCAAGAGGCAGCCCAUCCUGGAUGCCAUGGAUGCAAAAAAGAGAAGACAACAGAACUUCUGAGAGUGUCUUCUCCCCCCGGUCCCUGUUCUGUAAGCCAAUAUUACCAGAAAACUUGAGUUCCCGCUGACCCAGAGGAAAUAAGAUGACCUUGUUGUCUCUGUUGGAAGUCCACUGCUGUUCUGGCUGUCUGCUAAUUACCCUCUUCAUGAAGUUACAGGCUUCUUCUAUCCUCCAUUUGUGCUCUGGGAAUCUACACUCAUCUGCCUUUUUCUCCAUGGUAUAUCUGGAUGCUGUUCCUCCACUUUAAAUCUCAGAUUUUUUUUCACCUGUUCAUGCAUAGUUGCUCUCCAGUGCAUGAUAAUCAAGACUGCAACAAAAACUAGAACUCAGACUAUUGUUGCAGUGUAACCCCCUCUUUUUUUUAGAUGAAACGACAUUUUCUGCACCCAGAAAACCUUCAGGGAAACUUCAUCACCACAUACGGAAGCCUGUCCCUUUGCAGCAGCAGCAGCAGCAGCAGCAGCAGUUCAACCAGCAGCUUAAUGACAAGUGGUCUUUCAUUCUCAGACUUCCGUGUAAAUAGAAAUAUAGAGCCUAGUUUGAAAAUACCUUUGAGAAAAAGCUGUGGAGGCCUGUCCAUGACCAAAGACAAUCAAAAUUAUGUUGAUAAGUUGAGAAUGCCUUAAAUAUUGAAACCUGGUUAUACAAAUUUCCUCUUUUGGAAAUGGAUCUGUAAUCAGAGAAGGAAACCUGCAAAAAGUGAAAAAAAGCAAAAUAGGGAGAUGUAGGUGAACAGACCAUGCAUGGUUUUAAUAGUUGGCCAAUCUGCAAAUUCUGAAUCUUAUCAAAAGUCUUCUUCAUCUUUAAUUUUCUUUUUUAAAAGCAUCUUUUGGUUUUUUUUUAACAUUCCUUGGCCUGUCUCCAUCUCUUAUAGUGCCUCAUUGACACACACUCCCUGACCAGCAAUCAUUAAAAUGAAAAAUCAGAGCUUUAACUGAACAAAAGGAUGUGGAUUAAGACCUGAAUUAUUCCCAAACUGAAACUACAUCUAUUUAAAUGAAAGCAUUCCAAAAUACUGAACAAGUUUUCUUUUACAUCUUUGUCAGAAUUAUUGUUUUUCUUUUGCACCAAGUUAUGAUAGACCUCACGCAGAUUAAAAUAAGACAGUCUACAGCAUUAUUAAUAGAUGUGAAGUCAUCUUUUACCAAGAGCUGUGAAGGAAACAACAGCUGAGAUGAUUCAGUAGCCUGGCACAGCAGAUCAUAGAAACAGUUUCGUAGUUUGGAAAUUGGAUGAUGAAUUUUGCUGCAAAUUUUCCUGCAGCCUAUAUUCUUGUUUCCUUGAUAGUAAAGGAGAGUGGGCUUGUUGUUGUGUUAUUAAUGAAGGAGUAAAGCUUUACUGUCAUCCUGCUCUGAAUAAUUGUCACCAAGUACUUUAUAACAACAACUUCCUAAUUGUUGUUUUUGUUUUGUUUUCAUCCCCAAAUUAUGAAUUUUGGCAAUUAUACCUACUUAUGAAUGUGAACAUGUAAACUAAGUGACAAGCUAAGAAAAACAAUCUCUCAAUGAAGGAAAAAAACGGAUCCGUGAACAUAACAUUUGAUGUUAUAUCCUUAUUAGUAAUGACUCAAUGAAUGAACUUUGUUGAACUUAAAAUACUUGUAAAACACUCACAGGUUGCUGUUACACAUGAAUGUUAAUAUGCAGAGUUGUUGGCACGGUGACGCCCAUAUCCUUUGCAUAUUAAUCUAUCAUUUUAAUAAUCAUGUAGUUUUAAUUAAGACCUGUUACACUGUCUUCUGUAAUCAAUACUGAGCCGGUGUUUGAACCACCAGAAUCAAAAUAUAACUACAAUCAGUGCUGUCAAAUUUUAAUCGAUCAUGCCUGUUUUUUAAUUUUGUCUUUUUGUUUUUUGUUUCCAUAUGUUACAUCACAGAAAUCAUUAACACUCUCGCCCUGAACUGUUCUCAUCAGUUACGUCUGUAUAUCAUCACUCGCACGCAUCACAUCUUAUUUAUUAAAUGUGUUUGAUUUAUUUUUAUUUUUGUGACACUGGUUAAAAUAUGGUAGCUGAUUUGGCUGUUAAUAUUUUCUCCACAUGUAUUGAGUACAAUGGCUUGAUUUCCAUGUGUUCUAGACUAUGCAUGUCGAUAACUAAUUAUGUUUGCUAUUUAGUGGAAUGCUAUUAUUGUAUUAACUGCAGGUAAGAGUACUGUUAAUGUGGAAGCUGCUUUAACAGCUUUAACAAAAACUAUUUGCUCUGUACGAUUUAAAAAAGCCCUGACGUUAAGGCUCUGCCAUGAUAUGUAUAGUUAUAAAUUUGAAAUCUUUUUUGACAUAUAGCUAUAUGAUUUGUUCCAUUAUUUCAUUUUUCUGCUUUAUAACGCCUUGAGGGAGUAGAGUGGAAUGUAAGCAUCUAUGUUUAAACCACUUAAUUUAUUAUAUUUUGUUUGUAAUACUUUAUAACGUUUUGAAAAAGUGAAAAAUAAAAUUUACUUAUGGUUAACCAUAA